AUGGAUCCCCCUAAAGUUCAAGCGCCUCAUUUAGUCAUUCCCAGCCCUAUUAUUCACAGAAGAAACAGAACCAAAUCCCAGUCAGAGAAUGCGGCGAACGCGGAACACGGAAAGGGAAAAAUUGUUUCAUUUUGUCGUGAGAAAGGUCAUGGCUUCAUAAAGCCGGAUGAUGGUGAGGAUUACCUGUUCGUGCAUGUCUUCGACUGCCCAGGCAAUACCAAUAUUCUGGAGACCACUUGGUACGUUCUUCAGUAUUUCGUCUACUUCGAAGUUGAAUACAUAACAUUGCUCGAUUCUGGUGGGGAACCGGACGAGCAAUACUGA